UAUAUGCUCAACUUGUUGAGAACCAUUCAAAAUCAAGCAAAUAAAAGGACGUUCUUGAACGCCUUGGUUGUGUCCACCUGUUGCAUAUUAUUUUCGAAGUACCCCUUUAUUUUUAUGAAUGACAAGGUUUUCAAGGGUGACUUAUGUCUAAAACCAUAUGUAAGUUGUAAGAAUGAUAGUAGUGAAACGGGUAGCGAUGUUGUUUUUGAAACGCGGCUAUCAGAAGUUGUCAUUGGGUAACUAAUGUGGUGUGGUUGUUGAGAAGGGAAGUGGUACUAAGACGGUGUAAAUGGAAAAAAAAGAAAAGGAGCUUUUCUGUGAAACAGUACUUGCCUCGUCAAAAGUGCUACUUACCUUUUUUUCCUCUCCCAUUCACUCAAGGUUGUGUUGGUGAAAGUAGUGGUAGUUGUAGUUGACAAAACUUGAAAAGGAGACAACACAUUUUGUGGAAAAAUUCGUUUGGUAGGAUAAUAGAUGAAGUAGCUCUGAAAGAAAUUCACGAAAGAUCGUAAGAAUACCGACAAUAUUAUAUGAGUGCAUAUUGUUGUUAUCAGAAGGACUCUCUUUUCCGACUAGAGUUUAGCUUUGAUUUAGAAGGUACAGCUCAACAAUUGGCAGAUAACCCACGAAUUAUAUACAAACAGACAGUUUGGUUUGCAUACUUGCACGAACCAUAAAACAUUCCUGGAGCAUCACAGUAAAAUCAAGCAAUUGACGACACAACUUGAAAUUCAUCUACAGCCACCAUCACUACCACUACAAGAGUGAGCCCAAGCCCAACAUGCUAUGGCACAGUGUUUCGUUAGACAAGGAAAAAGAGUUGUAUUUCUAUCUUUUACUGUGUUCUUUGUUGUUGGCGUAACCAGAGAAUCGUCAUUGUGUUUUAUUUAUUUAGAAUUGCACAUGGAAAUAAAUAAGUGAUGUUCUAC